GCCCAUCCCUCGACGCUAAGAUCCUCCGCGACAACUUCGUCUUCAAGGUCAUCCCCAUGCUCAACCCCGACGGCGUCAUCAACGGCAAUUACCGCUGCUCCCUCUCGGGCCAAGACCUCAACAGGCAGUGGCUGAGCCCCUCCCGCUCGCUCCAUCCCACCAUCUUCUUCACCAAGAUGCUCCUCAAGCGCCUGACCCAGGAGCGCGAGGUCGCCAUGUACUGCGACUUGCACGGCCACUCGAGGAAGAAGAACGUCUUCAUCUACGGCUGCGACAACAAGGCUCGGGGCUCGCAGCACCUGCGGCUCCGCGAGCGCAUCUUCCCGCGGCUGCUCUGGCAGAACUCCGAGUGCUUCUCCUUCACCGACUGCUCCUUCAAGGUCCAGCGCUGCAAGGAGGCGACGGGCCGGGUGGUUGUCAGGAGGGAGUUUGACAUCCUGAACUCCUUCACCCUCGAGUGCUCCUUUGCCGGGACGAACUUCGGCGCCAAGGCGGGGCAGCAUAUGAAGGUGGAGGACCUUGAGAGGAUGGGAGCUGUUCUGUGCUCGACCCUCCUCGACCUCUGGGACCCUGACCAGUCUGCGGUGAUCUGCUUGUCUCCUGCCCCUCCCCCUGCCUUCUCCCUCCUCCCUCCUCCUCUUCCUCCUCUCUGCUGUGUCGAAGCACCCUCUUGCACCCUGUUCCUCCUCUCCCCUUUCUGCCUCUCCGCAGCAUCCCUCCUACUCUACUCUACUCUGAUCGUUCCCCUUCCUCGACGUCAGGUAGAAGCUAUCCACAAGGAGCUCCUCCUCCUCUACCCCGAAGACGACAAGGACCUCGACAGCAGCGGGGAGGACAGCAGCUCGGAUGACGACUUGCCGUCCAAGAGCGGGAAGGGGAAGGGAAAAGGAGGGAAGCAGCGGGGUAAGCAGGAGGAAACCCUCCCAGGGAUGGUGCAGCGUGCCAUCGAAGCUCGUUCAAUCUCGCACGCUCCUGCCUCCAGCAAGUCCGUUCAGUCCAUCUUGGACAGGAAGGCGAGUAGGAGGCUGACGAGCAAGGAGAAAGAGGAGGCGGGGAGGGCAGGAGGGAAGAGAGGGGACCCGACAGUCGAGGUUGGACGAAGCUCUCCAGCUCCGGGGAAGAGUGAGCUGGCGAUCAGCUACUCUCGCUCGCUCAUGUCUCGCAUCACUGAGAGCAUCAACUCUCUCGCCCCUGACAUGACCAACUAG